AUGUUCACUAGAGAAAUUUACGAUUACGAACAGUUAUAUAGCCUUGAUGUUCUUGGAGUUGAAGACCGUGGUGAAAAUGAUCAAAUGCAAGUGCUUGCUGAGUUUCGAGAGAACAUAACCAGACAAGAAGAUGACAGAUACCAAGUUAGCAUACCAUGGAUUCCAGGGAGUAAGUUGACAACUACAAACGAACAGCCAAGCAGAAGACGACUGUUCAACGUGAACAAAAAGUUAGCGAAAGACGAAAACCUGAAGCAAGAGUAUGAGAAGAUUAUCGAUGAUCAACUAGCAAGCGGUGUGAUUGAGAAAGCCCCCAGACGAGCCGUCAGGAGAGCGAGUGUACUACAUGCCACAUAA